CACCAAUCAGUAUGGACCUGACAAAGGCAAAUAUUCUGAAAUCUCUAAUUAGGCAAGAAGAUCCAACAAACUAGCGUAGCUGGAGGUAAUUCAGCUUAAUGACGAAAAUACACCCAAACACCAGUGGCGCCACCGCUUCACAGCCGUCAAAACCUUUAAGUAGCAGCGAUGCCAACAGCUCGGUGGUCCUCACGGUCUGGAAGAAAUCGCUUCUCUUUAACUGCGACGGUUUCACGGUGUUCGACUCCAAGGGAAACCUCGUCUUUCGCGUCGACAAUUACAUGGCUGCAGAUAAAGGAGAAAUUGUUCUCAUGGACGCCUCCGGCAACUCUCUUUUCACCAUCCGCCGCAAGAGAUUGAGCUUGGGAGACAGCUGGUUGGUGUUCGAAGGAGAGAAAGGGGUAAACCCUAGGUACGUAGUAAGAAAACGGGUGAAUUUGCUGCAUGGUAAAUCCCUAGCUCUAGUGACUCCAGGAAGCUGCAAAGAAACAAUCUCAUCGCAAAAUAGAAGCAAAGUACUUUACAACAUUGAAGGAUCGUACACGAAGCGGUGCUGUGUAGUGCACGACGAAAAGCGGCGGCCAAUGGCUGUGAUAAAGCAGAAGGAAGCACCCGUCAGAGGAAUUUCUUUUGGAAUGGACGUUUUUCAACUCAUUGUACAUUCUGAAUUUGAUUUGGCAGUUGCCAUGGCCUUAGUCAUCCUCCUUGACCAGAUGUUUGGAUCCUCGUAGUUGACUAGUCUAAUGUCACACAGGAUAAAAGCCCUUUAGCUCAAGAAUUAAGUCACUUGUACAGAAUUAACAUUUUGUCCACCGAUGUUGAGUUAGCAUGUAUUUUGACACUUGAUUUGAAUUUCAAACAACCUGUAAAGAGAACUGUACAUGUAGCAUCUCUCAUAUCUCAAUUAGCUUGUUUGCUUAAGUAAAAAUGCAACAGUCGAAUAGAAGAUACUAUGAUCUGUAAUUUGAAAGUGUAGAGAGCAAUUUUAGCAUAGUUUUGGCUUGUGCAUAAAUUGAUUGUUUCACGGAUGUCCAUGGUUGCUUGUAUUUGUAGUUAUACAUAAAUUCCCUUGUCCACUUUUAUUGUA